AUGAAGUCGGGUCAAGGCAAUAACAACAACAAGAACAAGUACAACCGGAACCGCAGUUUCGGUAGUGGCGGUGGUACUGGGAAUGCUCCGGCGAGUCCUAAAAGGAACAAUAAUCGAGGCGGCCAACCGGCACGACGAUCUGCCUCUCAUGAUCCCAAAGAACCGUUCAUUCCAGAUGACGACGGCUUUACCCAAAUUGGCAACAGCAACAAAAAGAAGCAAGGCAAUAACAACAACAACACUCCUCGUGGCCGCAUGAAUCCAACGUCGUCGUUUACGCGUCCUCGAAAUAAUAACAGCAACCACAACAAGGACGAUAGAAACAAACCUCGUGCCACGGGUUCCUUCAAAAAGGGUCGAAACAACAAUAGCUCCCAAAAUCUACAUGGCAGUGCGAGCAGUUUUGAUGGACUGUCCAGCGACAACCGAAACACUAGCAACGGAGAUGGCAAAUCACCGCCUCAACGCAACGUCGUGCGACUUCAUGUCGACGUUCUGAUGCGUGCUCGAUUGACGCAUCUAGAUACUCCCACAUGUCCAGAAGAAGGUGUGGAUAUCGAUGUCUGGAAUCCACAUCACAAGUGUCUCUGGAAUGACCCCGGACGAUGUGAACAAAUUCAACAAAUCAUGACCAAAUAUCCCAAUGCCAUUCCACUCCAUCUCAAAAAGAGAACGCGCAUCAAGAGUAGUAAAUUGGGUGAUGCCACUCUGGCGUCGGCAUCGGCGUCUGUCGUCACCAAUGAAACAGGUGAUGCGUCCGAACGCGAUGAUAUCAGUUUGGGGGGGUCCAUCUUUAUGGGGUCGGCGACUGUAGUCGAAGGUGCUAUGGAAGGAACUCCGGCCAUUGUCGUUGUCGACGAUGAAGACAUGAAUCCACUCCGGAAAACACUCAUGGUACUCAACAAACUCAGUUGGACUACCAUCGAUAAGUUGACACCCAUCUUGUUUCAAACAUUGGAAGAAGAUGUCGCCAAAUUGAUGCCACCCACGACCAUUGUCAACAAGCCACAAAAUAAUAAUAAUAGUGGAGAGGAAGCAAACAACGCACCCGAACAACAACCACAACAACAACAACCCGCAAUGGACGUGUCGCCCAUGCAAGUGACCAUCUUGACCAUGAUUGUGGAAAAAUCACAAACCGAACCCCAUUUCAGUGCCAUGUACGCGCAGCUAUGCAAGAAUCUAGCCGAACGCAACAAGCACUGGAAAAAGAAAAUACUCGCACACUGUCAAAGUGAAUUCGAACACGACACGGCAUGGCAUAUUGCUCGUUUGGACGAACGACUCGAAGCCAAGGCAGCGGCAUUGGCGGCGGCUGGUGAAAGCGGGAAACAAAUCAUGGAUGACGCAUCCGCCAAUACCACCGCCACGGAAGAUAUGGAUCGGGAUUAUCAGGUACUGCAAUUGCGCAAAAAGUACAAGGGUCAUGUCCAAUUCUUGGGGGAACUCUUCAAAUUGGGUCUCAUCAAACUCGAUAUCAUGAUUUGGUGCAUGAGCCGAUUGCUCUUUCACAAAGAACAGGCAGACGAGGACGAUUUCGAAUGCUUUGCCAAAUUAAUGACAGUGGUGGGAGAACAAGCCGAAAGUCUGGUCAAGAAAGGAAAGUGCCAUCCCACGGCAGAAGAAAAAUGGUACCAAUGUUGGGAUCGGGUCUAUCUUUUGACUGGAAGGUCCAAGAAAAUGUCGUCCAUCAAAUCGGCGCAACAAGAGGGUGGAGGAGGAGAGCAAAAGGCUGAUGAAGACAAGCCGAUACCCAAAAUCAGCAGUCGUAUCAAAUUCAUGUUGGUGGAUCUCCUGGAUCUGCAAGAGAAUGGCUGGGAACAUCGUCGCAAGCAAGAAAACGCAAAAACGAUUGCAGAGAUUCACGAGGAAGUUCGAGAAGAAGAAGCUGCGGCUUUCCGCAGAAGCUACAGCGAUGACUGGGGCGGUUCGUCGAAUGGCGGCCGGUCUUCGCGUCGUCGUGUCAAUAGUGAUGAUUACAAAAUGAGCUCACCGUACUCGAGCAAACCGCUGAAAGAUGCCGAUGGCUUCACGGCGGUGCCGCCGAAGCGGGCCAAUAUACGGAGAGCUGUCUCGGAUGAUGGCUUUUCCGGUGUCUACAAUAAGCGACAGACGCAACCCAAGAGAAAAAAGCCGCCUGCCCCUGUUCCGUCGUCCCCCGUUCCAUCUUCCCCUGUUCCAUCCUCGCCUACAAAUCGCUCCAAGACUGUCAUUUCCCAAAUCGAUGUCUCCAAUGCCACACCCAAGAUUGUGGAAUUUCCAGAUCCCGAGGAAUGCCGCAACAAAACAAAGACCAUCCUCAAGGAGUAUUUCAUCGGAGGUGACACCACAGAUGCCAUUCUUUCCAUUGACGAACUUGUUGGUGCUGGUAGGGACAACGAAGGCCAUGGUUCUGUGGAGCGUGGCGCAGCUGUCAUUGAAGCUGGUGUUCUACUCGUGUUGGAAAUGAAGCAGCAAGAAGUUCAAAAAUUCCUUGCCGUCAUUAAGCGUUGUCUGCAACAAAAGAAGCUUGAAAACUCGAGUCUUCCAUUGGGACUGAAGGAUCCAUUGGAAUUCCUCAGGGACCUUGAGAUCGACGCGCCUCUUGCACGUUCGUUGCUGACAUCAAUUGUGGCAUAUUGGGUCCGGCAAGAAGUUCUCUCCUUCACGUUUCUCUUGGAUGCCCCGGAAUACUUUCGCACCGAUGGGAAACCAGCAGAGUUUGCAGCUGGUGUUUUGAAAGUACGCGGUGGCGAUGUCACGGAGGAGGACUUGUCGGUGGUGGAAAAGCUCAUGACAGAGGACGACAAAGCCAAGUAUGACUCUGUGAAGGAAAUGGUGACUCAAAACGAAUGA